GACAGAGAGAGUGAUGUUUUGCUGCUUUACAGUUAGCACUUGAGUUUCAGCAAUGCGGCCAUUGAUGAAUUAGUGAACACCAAAUCUUUCCUUCGACGAUGAGCCCCGAAAUCCACUCCUCCCGAAACCUCGGACCGCUCUCAUCGCCCCAAAAACCUCCCAAAGGCCAAGAACCCGCGCAGCGGAACCCGUCGGCUGAGCUCCCCAUCACCACCGCGGCCGCCGCUCCCGCCGCCUCGGCCUCCAAGAAGCUCACCCUGGUCCCGCUCAUCUUCCUCAUCUACUUCGAGGUCGCUGGCGGGCCCUACGGUGAAGAGCCCGCCGUGCAAGCCGGGGGACCCUUGCUGGCCCUCCUCGGCUUCUCCAUCUUCCCCUUCAUAUGGAGCGUCCCGGAGGCCCUCAUCACCGCCGAGCUCUCCACCGCGUUCCCCGGCAAUGGCGGCUUCGUCAUCUGGGCCGACCGCGCCUUCGGCCCCUUCUUCGGCUCCCUCAUGGGCACCUGGAAGUUCCUCAGCGGCGUCAUCAACAUCGCCGCCUUCCCGGUUCUCUGCAUCGACUACUUGGAGAAGAUCUUCUCCGUGUUCGAGUCGGGCUGUCCCCGAUACCUCGCCCUCCUGUUCUCGAACCUGUCCCUCUCCUUCCUCAACUACACCGGCCUGAACGUCGUUGGGGUCGCCGGGAUCGUGCUCGGCGUCGUUUCUCUGAUGCCCUUCUUACUAAUGUCCUUGAUCGCCAUCCCCAAGAUUAGGCCUCACAGGUGGGGGAGCUUGGGCCAAAAGGGUGUCAAGAAAGAUUGGAACUUGUUCUUCAACACCCUGUUCUGGAACUUGAACUUCUGGGACAAUGUGAGCACAGUCGCCGGAGAAGUGGACAAGCCACAGAAAAAUUUCCCAUUAGCCCUUCUUGUGGCGGUGAUUUUUACUUGCGUCUCUUAUUUGAUUCCUCUGUUCGCCGUGACGGGUGCUGUCUCAGUGGACCAGAGUGAGUGGGAGUCCGGGUUCCAUGCCAUUGCAGCUGAGAUGAUCGCAGGUAAAUGGCUCAAGGUCUGGAUCGAGGUUGGCGCAGUGCUGUCGGCGAUCGGGCUCUUCGAGGCCCAGCUCAGCAGCAGUGCUUACCAGGUCCUUGGCAUGGCAGAUAUCGGGAUCUUGCCCGAGUUCUUUGCCGUGAGGUCUAAAUGGUUCGGCACUCCCUGGGUGGGGAUCUUGCUGUCCUCCCUCAUCAGCAUUGGCGUCUCCUACAUGGACUUCACCGACAUCGUCUCGUCGGCGAACUUCUUGUACAGCCUUGGGAUGCUGCUCGAGUUCGCAGCGUUCAUUUGGCUAAGGAGGAAGCUCCCGUCGCUGAAACGGCCAUACCGGGUACCGCUGGGCGUGCCGGGGCUGGUGGUCAUGUGCUUGAUACCGUCCGCGUUCUUGGUGGUCAUAAUGGUGAUCGCGACCAAGGUUGUGUACUUGGUGAGUGGGCUAAUGACGCUGGGUGGCAUUGGGUGGUUCUUCUUGAUGAAGUUCUGCAAGUCCAGGAAGAUUUUCAAGUUCGACAUCAGUGAUGUUGAAGUCGCACAAGACUAAAACACAGCAAUAUGCAGGAAACUUCAAAUCACAAUCAAAAUCUCAUCUUUGAGUUCAUCUAGUUCUAGCUGUUUCAAUUUAAAAAUUUCUUUCCCAAUCUGGUGCUUUGGAUGGAUGAUUUUCGGCAAUCUUUGUCAUUAUCAAUUAUCACAUGUGGAGCUUAAUUAUUGUUCGAAUGAGGUGUGGAUAUUGUCUGUACUGAAGCAGCACAUGGGUGGCACGUAAUGGAAUGAAAUCCCCCGCCAUUUCUUGC